AUGGAUGGUUACGAAUUUGCAUCCAACGAACUUGUCAACACCCUGACUUGUGUGUCCCUUGAAACAACAAGCACGGAAAGUGGAAGCAAGAAUUUCAUUGCUGUGGGAACGACAAUCAACCGAGGAGAAGAUUUGGCUGUAAAGGGAGCGACAUACAUUUUCGAGGUCGUUGAAGUCGUUUCCGAUCCUAAUUGGACACCAAAAAGAUGGUACAAACUGAAGCUGCGAGUGAGGGACGACGCGAAAGGCCCCGUGACAGCUGUUUGCGGCAUAAAUGGUUAUCUUGUGUCAUCUAUGGGCCAGAAGAUUUUUGUUCGCGCUCUUGAUCUGGAUGAACGCUUAGUCGGCGUUGCCUUCCUAGAUGUUGGCGUCUACGUUACAUCACUACGCUCAAUGAAGAAUCUUCUCUUGAUCGGAGAUGCCGUGAAGAGCGUCUGGUUGGUGGCUUUCCAAGAGGAUCCGUAUAAACUCGUCACACUCGCAAAGGACGUGAGAAAGAGGCAUGCCACAACUGUGGACUUCUUCUUUGCCGGGGGAGAUCUGGCCAUCGCUAGCGAAGACGAAGAAGGGGUCCUAAGGCUAUUUGCAUAUGACCCUUCCGAUCUCGAGUCUAGAGGAGAGUUCCACGGUCAUAAAGAGUGCCGUUCGACCAUCAUGAUUGCUCGGCGCACGAAAGACGAACAACUCAUUCCUCAAGCAAAACUGGUGUCUGGAUUUACGGAUGGAUCCCUAUCAACCCUCACACCCGUAGAUGAAGCUGUUUUCAAACGACUACAACUUUUGCAAGGGCAGUUGGCACGAAAUGUGCAGCACACUGCUGGAUUGAAUCCAAAAGCCCAUCGAAUUGUGCGAAAUGACGCCGUGUCCAAGCCUUUGUCGAAAAAUGUCCUUGAUGGCCAACUACUUAGCGAAUUUCAAGUCUUGGGUAUCAGUCGUCAGAAUGAAAUCACGCGACAGAUUGGCACAGAGAGAGCUCUUGUUUUGCAUGACUGGUCUUCUCUCAUUGUUCCGUGGUAG